UAGCACAAUGUCAGAACGAGAACCAAUUAAUGGUUCAGGGCGAGACUAUGGAGCCACAGCCUCGGUGCCGGCUGUGGGCUUUGCAGAUUUCAGUCCAACAGAACUCUACAAUUUGAGUGAGGGCAUCGCAGAGAAUGUCAAUACGAUUAACAGUGGACUACUGUCGCUUGAGAAGAUGAUGAAGCAAAUUGGUGGCCCAAAUGAUAGCGUCCAACUUAGAGAUAAAAUUCACGAUACUCAACAGACGGUAAACAGUUCAGUAUCGGCCACGGCGCGAGACAUACAGCGACUGGGCGUUGUCGUUCGUCGUGGUGACAAACCGCAGAAGUUACAGGUCGAAAGAUUGACGCAGGCCUUCACGGAUUGUCUCGCUAAAUAUUCGUCGGUUCAAAAGAAAGUAUCAGAGAAGAUGGCGGCUCACAUGCCCAAACCGGCACGCGUGAGAAACGAUCCACAACUGUUGGAGCAGCAAGCGAUGGCUGACGACGAGGAAUCGGCUGCUUUAGCUCAGCAACAAGCUCAGGCCCGUCUCGUUGAGUUUGAAACGAGCAUGCUGCUUGAGCGAGAAGCCUACAUGAACAAAAUAGAAGCUGACGUUUUGGACGUUAACCAAAUAAUGUCUGAUCUGGCGAAGAUGGUGAAUCAGCAAGCCCAAACCGUCGACACGGUGGAGACCCACAUAGAGGCGGUGGGAGCGAACGUCGAGGCCGGGGUCGAUGAACUCGCUAAAGCAGCCGAACACCAACGCAGGUACCGGAGGAAAAUGUUCAUAUUAAUUAUCAUAGGCGCGAUUCUUGCUAUUGUCUUCAUUGUGUGGGUAGUCAAAGCCUUCAAGUAGAUCUUAUAUAAUAUAUUCGUAUUGAACUGUAAUGACAUGUUGAAACUAUCAGCUGUUUUCUAUAUCCUAGCUAUCUAUGUUUUUAGGUUCGUUAUGUAUUGUACAGUGGCUAAUGUCGGAUCACCCGGCAUUGUCAGUGUCAUUAGAUUAUUUUCCUUGUACAGCUACACUCUCGUAUACUUUGAGGCACUAACAAGAAUUGAUAGGGUAUCUAAACAAAUUUUGUAACACUAUAGAAUGUAUGGGAUAUAUAAAAUGGCUUCGAAUCUAUCUUAGUUAAAACAAUAUUAGCUAUUAUAUGUCAUGAUUGUUGUAAUAAAAAAUUUAUGACAGCCGCUACGAGUUUUAACUAAAAUAGGUUUUAAUGUAAUGAACGAUCUUUAGAUACCAUCGUGAUAAAUAUUUAUAAUUAUUAUUAUAACUGACAAGCUGCUUUAAACUUGAAAUAUACAAAAAUCAAACGCUUUUUUCCACCCAAAAACGAUAGCGUUAAGAUUUCAUUUUUGUUUCGACAUUAUGUAUUUUGAAACUGGUAACACUUGUAUAAUAUUGCCACUCUUAAAUUUAAUUGGUCAAAUCAAUAUUAGCAUAGUUAACUUAUGAUAAAUAAAUAAAGUAUAUUUUAUCUUUUAUUUAUGUCUUAUCUGAUCUAUAUAUGAUCUAUAUAUAUUAUCUGAAUAUUAAAUUGUUAUUAAUCUGUUUUUAUAUUUGACGAAAACAAGUCGUUUUCAAUUCAACCUCUAAAUGAUUCUGUCAAUUUUAACAUCUGACUAAAACUUUUCUGACAAGAGUAUUUUUAAGGUUUCAAAGUUGAUUUUGCAUGGUUUAUUAAUGAAAAUAAAGCUUUUAAAAUAAAAUUAAAUAUUAAAAUAAUAUGGUUUGAAAUGAUUUGAUAAUUGUGAUAGCUAGAUAUGUGCUCAUAAAAUACUACAUAAAUUGUAGAUUUACAAGUUCAUUUAAACAUGUACUAAAACAACAUUAUUUAUACAAAUCGAUGAAAAUGUACCAUUUUUAUUGAAUAAGACACAUUCCAGGUUGAAUAAAUUAAACAAUAUUGAUAGA